UUGGAGAAAAGAACGAUUUAGCAUACAAAAUCUAGAAAUGGAUUGAAUCUUCAAGCUCAGCACCUGUUGAGAGGAUGACGUCUCCUAUACGUCAGUAAAUUCCAAGCUCACUUUUUGUUUUGUGAGAAACACGAGGGAAGUCUCAUAAUUUCUCAAGGACAUCGUCCCUGAAAACGUAUCCAGACCAUGCCGCCGAAAGCAGCAGAAGCCAUGGACGAUUCCAAGGGGAACGUCCAAAAAGAAACCAACUGGCAUGCCUUGACCAAGGAAGAAGCACUCGCCCAUCUGGGAUGCAGCCCGAACUCCCGCCGUGAGGGUCUCACAAGCCAGGAAGCCAAAGCUCGUCUCGAACGCUACGGUCCCAACCAGUUGACCGAAAAGGAGAAGGUUACGCUUCUGCAGCGCAUCUGGAAGCAGGUCAACAACGUCUUGGUCGGUAUCCUUGUUUUUGUAGCCGUCGUGUCUUUGGCCAAGGGUAUUUCAACCAGCGGAGAAGAUCGAGUGACCAACUUUAUCGAAGUCGGUCUCAUUACUUUUGUGAUCACUCUGAACACAACUAUUGGUAUCUACCAAGAAGGUUCCGCCGAAAAGGCAGCUGAAGCCCUCAAGAAUAUGCUCUCGUCCGACGCCAUCUUGAUCCGCGACGGCAAAGAAGUCAAAAUUCCUGCCAGUGACGUUGUUCCCGGUGAUGUUGUUGUGUUGGGUACGGGCGAUCGUGUCCCCGGCGAUAUCCGCAUGCUCGAAGUCAACAACCUUGCUUGCCAGGAAGCCGCUCUUACCGGAGAAUCCGUCCCUAUUGAAAAGGUAACUGAUGCCAUCGACUGUGGUAGCGGCAAGCCCGAGCAAGUUCCUCUAGGAGAUCGCAAGAACAUGUGUUUCAGUGCCACUUUGGUCGCUCAAGGGUACGGUGUUGGUGUCGUCGUAUGUACUGGUGAUAACACCGAAAUCGGUACCAUCAACUCCCUCGUCAACAAGGUCGAAACAAAGCGUACUGCUGUCCUAGAGCAAAUCGACUUUGUUUCCAAGGUUCUGGCCUGCUUCAUUUUUGUCACCGCUAUUAUCACUUGGUUGGUUGCUUUCUACCGUAUUGACGCCUCGGCAAUCGAUGCCCUUUCCAUUGCUCUUGUCUGCGCCGUCGCCAUGAUUCCCGAGGGCCUUGAAGCCAUUGUUACCAUGACAUAUUCCUGGUCUGUGUCCGUGAUGGCCAAGCACAACGCAAUCAUUCGUGUACUACCUGCAGUCGAGACUCUUGGUUCCGUUACUGUCAUCUGUUCCGAUAAGACUGGUACUCUCACCAAGAACGAAAUGUCCCUCAUCGGAUUCGUCACCUCCAACGCACGCUACAAGAUCGAUGUAGAUAGCAAGAACCGAAGUGCCGACAACUUUGUGCGCGACGAUACUUCUCUUCCGGUGUCUUCUGGACAGUCCCCAACCUUGGAGUUUGUCCGUAACGCGUUGGCGGGGGGUGUUUUGUGCUCUAAAUGUACUUUGGGCAAAGAAGGUGGCCGUGACGGCGAGAUUGGUAAUCCGACGGAGAUCUCAAUUCUCCGCGCGAGUUACUUCGCCGACAUCAAUGUGAGUGGCAUGAAGGAAGAAGCCCCUAUCGUCGCCGAAGUUCCUUUCAGCUCCGAGUACAAGUUCAUGGCCACUGUGCACGAACCUCGUGUGGAAAACGAUGGUGCUGGUAACGAUGGAAGUCUCGUUGUCCAUGUAAAGGGCGCACCCGACCGCAUGGUGAAGCUCUGCUCUACUCAGGCCAAGGCGGGUUUGCUAGGUGAAGGAAACAAGGAACCCAUCAACAUGGGAUAUUGGACUGAGCAGAUCGCUAUUCUUUCCUCGCACGGUCUUCGUGUGCUCGCCCUCUGUCGCGGUAGCGAACGCGGCGAACCCUGGCUCACUAUCGUGGGGCUUUGCGCCAUUAUGGAUCCUCCCCGACCCGAAUGCGUGCAAGCCAUUGCCGAGGCUCACGGUGCCGGUGUCCGCGUUGCCAUGAUUACUGGUGAUCACCGCGAUACCGCCUUGGCGAUUGGAAGCAUGCUUGGUCUUGUCGAUCGAGAACAUUCCGAAGCCGUAACCGGGCCGGAAAUGGACUCCAUGAGCGAGGCUGAACUCCGUAUCGCCACUCAAAAGUACAACGUUUUCGCCCGUGCCUCCCCACAAAACAAGAUUCGUAUUGUCAAGGCUUUGCAAGCCGAAGGAGAAGUUUGUGGCAUGACCGGUGACGGUGUCAAUGAUGCCCCUGCCCUCAAGGCUGCCGAUAUGGGUGUUGCCAUGGGUAAAGAAGGUACCGAUGUGGCUCGCGAAGCGGCCGAGAUGAUUCUGGCCGACGACAACUUUGCCACGAUCAUUUCCGCUGUUCGUGAAGGUCGGGUUGUGUGGGAUAACCUUCGUAAGGUCCUGCUCAUUAACACUCCGAUCAACAACGCUCAGGGUAUGUCGGUUCUCUUCGGUCUGCUUUUUGGUCUGAAAGAAACACCGCUUUCGUCGAUUCAGGUUUUGUACUGUAACUUGAUCUGUGCCGUGACACUUGGUUUCGUCGCUGCGGUCGAGCCCGCGGAAGACGGAAUUAUGGAACUGGAGCCGCGUCGUGUAGGAAAGCGUCUUAUCGGGCGAUUCCUUGCCCUGCGCAUCGCCAUUGGAACCAUUACACUUGUCGGCUGUACCGUUGGGUCCGUCUUCUGGGCGAAAGAUCUUGGUUACACUCUGGAGGAAACCCGUUCGCAGGCGCUCAACACACUUUCCUUUGGCGCUAUUUCCGUUACGAUGAGUGCUCGUUUCUCACGCAAGAGCGCUUUUCACGCACGCACUUUCCAAGGUAAUCCAAUCGCUUGGUGGUCGUACAUGGUUAUGGGUCUCUUGCAGGUUUUCAUCACGUACACGCCGGGUUUGAACGACACCAUCUUUUCCAUGGCCGGAAUGGAUGGUCCCCAGUGGGGCAUUGUGGCCUUGUUCAUGGUUGUUAUGUUAGUUGUUAUGGAAGCCGAAAAGGCCGUGCGCAACUAUUUGACGGCUCUCAAGUACGAUACGGAUGAUCGUGAGUACGGCAUUUUUGAUAGCGAAGCCGACCGCAAGCCUGAUACCACGCCUCUUCCCGACGAGUUUAAGCGUUUCGGAACGAACGAACUCUCGAAGUAGACAUAACCGGCACGCCCUCGGUUUCCUUUGUUUACACUGUCUUUUUCGUGCGGGUCCGUCAAUAUCGCGGAUUCUUCUCUUUGGCUUUCGGGUGCAAUUCUACAAAAAAAUUAAAACAAAACUAACUCGAAAGCAUUUAUUUGU